AUGUCCAUCCUGAAUAUUUUGCUCUUCACCGCUCUAUUGGUUUGUACUCACGCGCAUCAAUCUGCUGAACUCUUUGAUGCAUUUGAAGAAUUUAUUGGGGGACUACUUCAACCAUCGUCAGUGAUGGCCUCGGGUAGUAGUUCAGCUCUGGCAACAGACUGCGUUGGGCGUACUAGUUUCAUGACGCUGCGCGGCAUUGAGAACAAUAUCGAGUUCUUGUAUGGGGUGUCAAGCAAAGUGGCUCAGGUGAAUACCACACAAAUCGUUGGCUACCCAACAAACAUCAUCGUUGAGUCUCUAUCAAUACAGAAAUCCGUCGUGUCUGCCAGCACCGUAUUUCGGAUGAAUCACGGGACUUCGUCACCCACGACACCGCUACAAGUUGAUUUUUGGAUCUACUUUGACGAUGACUUGAAGAUUUCCGAGUACGACUUGGCAGUUCGGAACCUUGGAAAGGCUUUUUCGUUCCUAUCUUCUGUGCUGUCUGAACAGAUCAGCACUGAAAUAAUCGUAGGGAAUUCAACUGACGCGGUGAGCGCGAAAAUGGCGGUAGAUGUGUGCACCGCAGUCACGGAGUACUGUACGGGUGCUAAUCAACAGUACGACUCGUAUAAUUCAUGCUUCGAAUCCCUCGGGAAGAAUGUAACAAUAGACAAUCUCGACCAAUCUGUUUGCCGGUGA